GAAGGACAACACUAAGCGACGCGCCGCUUGCUAAUGUCAAAUUUUGCUUUCAUCUUGAUAUUGGCGAAAACAUUUUUAUUUAUUAUUAUUUAUAUGGUUACAAUGCGACCAAAAGGUGACUAGAAAUGGACCAACAAUUUUCAUUGUCUUGGAACAAUUUCCACGGAAACUUAAGUAAAGGUUUUGCUGGAUUAUUAGGAAACGGAGAAUUUGUCGAUGUAACAAUUGCAGUCGAAGGUCAUUUGCUACAAGCGCAUAAAGUUAUACUAUCAAUAUGUUCGCCUUACUUCAAAAAAAUGUUUCAAUUAAAUCCGUGUCAACAUCCAAUUGUCGUUUUACGGGAUGUCACACACAAGGCAAUGAAAGAUUUAUUGCAGUUUAUGUACCAUGGAGAAGUCAGUGUGAAACGGGAAGAUCUCACUAGCUUUAUAGGCACUGCUGAAGUGUUGCAAAUCAAAGGUUUAACUAAUAAAGAAACCGAGGAGGAAGCAUUUGAUGCUGAUAAAGAAUUAACAAAACAAAACAUAGCAGCUCAAAACGACAGUCCAGAUGCAGAGUCUUGUGCAUCUGAUAUGUACGACACAACUACUAAUGAAAUAUCUGAUAACAGUGACAUAGAUUUAAUAAAACAAAGACAAUUUAUUGAAAAACUGCAAAGGCUGAGUAGUUUAAAAAGGAAAUCAGAGGAAUUCCUUCAGAAAAAUUAUUAUACAGAUAUUAUCAAUUCAGAAAAAAGACCUAAAAUUUGUGACAAAAUAUCAAAUAAUAAAUCGAAUAAUCAUUUAGUGCAAAGCAGUAACUUUGAUAAUGUUCAAAGCAUUUAUGAGGAAAAUCCUGUAGAAAUAACAACAUCUUUAAACCCAAAUAUUCAAAAAGGAACAGAUAAAGAAACUUCGGAUAAUGGAAAUAAUCAAUCAGUUAUAGAACAGGUGAUGGAAUUAAAAACAGAAUGUGACGACAGUGAUAUUAUAGUCUCAGAUCCAGCUGUUUGUACAACUCCAAAGGGCUAUGAAAACUCAAGGGACUUAAAGAAAGGAUUAAUUAUUCCCCUGGAAUACCAAUCGCCUCAGGAAAAUGCUCUCUCACUUGUUAUGAAUGGAUCAUGUGACAAUCAACUUCCAGUACGUUACAAAUAUAUUUACAGUAGAAAAGGACAUAAACAACUAGUGCAUAUGAAUUUUGUGUACACAAAGCAUUCAACAACACAUGGUAAAACAUCAUGGAGGUGUGUACAAUAUUUCUCUCUAAACCGGUGUCCAGCAACCGUGGAAACAAUAGACUCUAUGAUAUAUGCCGUUAAUCAUCAACACAAUCAUGAAGAUUGCUAUGAAAAAUUAUCAAGAAAUAACAUUUAUGAAAUGAAUAACUCUCCCAAAUAGGCAACUAUGUAUAUAUAAGUAAAUUACGAAUGCUCACUAUCCAAAUCACAACAAACCUCAGAAAUAUUAAAAAAUAUAAGAAAUCUAAUGUAAAAGAUAAAAAAAGUAUGAUUAUAUAUUCAAUUAUAAUUAAAAAUACAUACACAUGGUUAAGGCAGUUGACGAAAAAGAUACAUCAUGAAAUAAGUUUUUCUACUACCAAAAAACAACGAAAAUGUGUAAUUAUUAUCAAGAUUCUUUUAAUGUACGUAAUUGUGCCAAAAGAUGAAUGUGCUUUUUGAUAAGCAAACAUAAUAUAGACAUUUGGAGGUGUUUGAUACUUCAUUACAAUAUAGAAAGUGUAAAGUUCCUAUAUUUUCAUUAAGUACCUAUAUAUUGCUUAGUUACGUUAUGUAAUAGACAUUAUAAUUUAAAAAAAUAUGUUAUUGUAAAUACUUGUUAAAAUUACACACACAGUGUCACAUGAUAUAUUGUAGCAUUUUAUUUUUUCAGCGCAUCUAGUCAUACUGAAUCAUUUUUAUAAUAAUCUUAACACUUAGUAUGUAAU